AUGGCCGAAGAAUCUGUAGCUUUCGAGCCGACCGAACACCCCCAUCGUCGCUACAACCCACUGACAGGCAAACAUGUCCUCGUCUCGCCUCACCGCACCAAGCGGCCCUGGAUGGGCCAGACAGAGGAGCCUGUAGUUGCUCAGCUGCCGAAGCAUGAUUCGAAGUGUUAUCUAUGUCCUGGGAAUGAGCGGAUGGGCGGGGAGAAAAACCCAGAUUAUGACAAUACCUUCGUAUUCAACAAUGACUUCCCCGCCCUCCUACCCGCUCCCCUCCCCUUCCUCCCCUCAAACCCGGAAGAAUCAGGACCCGAAAGCAUCAGCCAGAUGUUCGCCUCCCGACCCGUCCGCGGGCGGUGCAAGGUGAUCUGUUUCCACCCGAGGCAUGAUCUCACGCUGGCGAUGAUGCGGCCGGAGGAGAUCGAGGCUGUUGUGGAGGGGUGGAAGGGGGUUUAUGAGGCCGAGGGCAGGUUCCUGAGGGAGAGUCAGCGGGAGGAGGGGUAUGUGCAGAUCUUUGAGAACCGCGGGGCUAUGAUGGGCGCUUCGGCACCUCAUCCUCAUGGCCAGGUCUGGACCUUAUCCUACGUCCCUGAAGAGCCCGCAGUCGAGCUUGAAAAUCUGGAAGGACACGCCACGGCCGUGGCGGCGUCAGGUUCUCACCCCACGUAUCCCGAUGGCAAGGCUUGUCUGCUGCUCUCUUACGCGGCUGAAGAGGUCGCACGGAAAGAGAGGGUGGUGGAGAUCGAUGAGAGUGGGUGGGUGGCGGUAGUACCGUUCUGGGCUAUCUGGCCUUUCGAAAUAUUGCUACUGCCAUAUAAACGUCACAUCCCAUCCAUCCUGCAGCUCACGGCGGACGAACAAGCGGGGUUGGCCAGGAUAUUGAAGAAGGUGUUGGUGCGAUAUGACAAUCUCUUCAAAUGCCCCUUCCCAUACUCUAUGGGCCUUCAUCAAGCUCCUACUCCACCUUCCGUGCCAGAAGAAUCCCGCGCCCAGGUGCACUUUCACUUUUACCCGCCGCUCUUGCGAAGUGCGAGCGUGCGCAAGUUCUUGGUUGGAUUUGAGAUGAUGGGUGAAGCUCAGCGGGACUUGACGGCUGAGCAGGCGGCGAAGCGAUUGAGGGAUGUCAGCGAUGUUCACUACACGCUGGAGAAGGAAUGA